UUUGCUGCUGUUUCUUUCCCUUGAAAUGGUUUAACCAAGAGCAUAAUACUUUUUAAUCAAGUUUUCUCUUUCUAAAGAAAUUAUUUUCUUUCAUUUAUUUUUUGUUCUUAUUAACAAACAAUAACAAAAUAUCACAAUCUAUUUAUCAAUCCAAGUUGAUAACAUUGUCACUUAACGAGAUUGAGUCAAAUUUUCCAAUUCGUGUUUCUUAAUCACAUAAUUCGUCGGAUGGCGACACAUUCAUUUCAUCACCAGCUGACCUUAAGAGGAAAGAGCCUAUCCAUAGUUGUACGAAUAAGCUCAACCAUUUUAAGAGCAACAAUUUAGAAAAAAAAUUCAAUUGAAUUAAAAGUAAAUUAACUUGAUUGUUGUGAUGUUUUAGUCAUAAUCUGCUAUAAAAUUAGUUUACUUCCUGUCAAAUAAGUGAUCAUCUAAUUCUAGGUUUGAGAUAACCUUAUCUUUUGUGUAAAUGGAAUGAUUUGUUUACAUAGUAAUCGUAUUGGCAGAUUAAUAUUUUCAUCUUUGAAGGUUAAUCAGCUUCGAUUGGGUUCCAAUCAAUUAUCUUUGGUUCAACAGCGUUCAAUCAACACCAGUCGAGUUAAUUGUUUCUGGAGACCAUUUCAAUUCAGUCAUCUCAAGAGUAUAGCUCCCAAUUCUCAUUCACACUUUAAUCCAGAUCGGACUUAUGGUGCAAUCCUGAUCAUUGCAGUUACCAUUUCUGUGCUCAAUAUUCCCAAUUUUUUUCUAAGAUUCAUUCCCGACAUUUAUGAAGCUUUUGUAGAUUCAAUUUAUUAUCUCGUCUCUGAUUUCGAUAUAACCGAUUCAUAUACUCCUGGUGUCAACAAAUCAGCCCUAGUUGAUCAGGUCAAGAAAAACGAUUCAACUGAUAAAUCAUCUGCUCCUGUUACCGGUCCUAAAGAAGUUAAAUCGAAUUAGUAAAUCAUGUUAUCCUCCAUGUUAAAAGAACAUCAAUGUAAACAACAAGAGAGGAAAGAAGAGAUUGAGAAGCAAAAAACUGAAGCUUCUGAUUCUGUAGUUGAAUUAACUCAUCAUAUGGUUGAUCAUCUUAAUGAUGGAGUGGCUCAAGCUUAUCUUAAUCAAUGUAAAUUGGAUGCUGAGACUAAACAAUUACACGCUAAUAUUACUCAAUUUUCAAAACAGGCAAAUCAAUGGUUAACCCUAAUGCAAAGCCUAAAUAAAUCAGUCAAGGAACUUGGUGAUGUCGAAAAUUGGUCAAAAAGUAUCGAAAAUGAUCUUCGUCUUGUAUCAUCUGCUUUAGAAUAUGUUUAUAAAGUUGGUCCACAAUCAAAGAGUUAAUCUGUAAUCAGUUUAGGGAAAUUCAAUCAACAAUCAAACCAAUUGAUUAUUCUAGCAGAUUAACAAUUGAUCCAAUAUGUUUUACUAAAUUGAAUAACAAUUGUAGUCAGAAAUUAAAUUAGUUGGUGAUGACGAAUAUUAAUUAAAAUUAGAAGAUAAAAAAUUAUAAUCAACAGAAAAA